UGAUCCUGCUGGCCUAAUUCAUGAACCGCUUUCGAUCCAUGAUCUACAAAAAAUAUGGACUGGAAGUUCACUGGUUUGUGUCCGCGUCCUCCCUCAGCAUGUGCUGCAUGUACAAAUUUACGGGGGCUGUCGUUGAGCGUGUCAGCGACCCGCAAAUGCAUGCUCUGCUAUCUUCAGGGGUGAGAGGCGGCUAUGCUGGAGUGCACCAGAGAUAUUCUGAGGCAAACAUUCCUGGAACACCUACAUAUAAGCCAGAGGAGCCCGAAAAGCACAUUCUUCUGUUUGAUGUCAAUGCGCUUUACAGCCACAUGAUGCAAAAACCCCUUUCUGUUGGGGAUUAUAAAUGGAUGUCUCAACAGGAACUGGACGGCAUCAAAUGGGAGGAGCUGAGUGAGGAAGAUGAGCACAUGUGUAUUGUGUCUGUGGACCUCUCCGUUCCCCGCCACCUGCGCUCUCGAUUGGAUGAAUUUCCACCUGCCGUUGAAAAAUGUAAAGUUCCGCCGGAGUGGUACAGCAACGUGCAACGGGACAUGAUACGGGAUUGCGGCCUUAAAAAAGCCCAGCUGUCUGAGGAGAAACUGGUUGCCCAUCUCCACCCGAAAAAGAACUACCUCGUCCACGCUCUCGUUCUGGCGGCAUACAUUAAAAUGGGAGUGAGGGUGGACGCCAUCCACUCGGGCAUACGGUUCAGGCAGGCCCCGUACUUACGGCCCUACAUCCAGGAUCUCAUGACGGAGCGUCAAAAUGCCCAGUACAAAUUUCAACAGGAUGUGUGGAAGAUAUUCGCGAACGUGAUUUAUGGCCAGCUCCUGAUGAAUCCGCGCCUGCAUCGCAAGGUCGACUUGGUGCGGACUGGAGAGGAGUUCCGGAAGCUGGCCGCACAGUCAACGUUUAAAAGUUUCACCAUUUUCGCCGAUGAACUCGUUGCUGUUGAGCGGGCGCAGUCUGUGGUUCGGAUGAAUAACCUUCCCACGGCGGGUCUGACUGUGCUUGACACCAGCAAGAAACUGAUGAUGGAGAUAUACUCGGAGCUCAAGAACAAACUAGGAUCACGCAUGAAACUCCUGGUCACGGACACCGACUCUCUAGGCGUGGAAAUUGAAACCUCUGACCUCGUGGCGGACCUGCGCUCCCUUAUGCCCAUCCUGGAUACGAGCGGCCUGCCAAAGGAUCAUCCUCUGUAUGACCAGACGUACGCUCGUGUCCAGGGCCGACUUAAGAUUGAGUAUGGCCACUUUAACAUCCUGCGGUUCUGUGGAGUCCGCGCUAAAGUGUACUCCCUUGACGUGGCGGGGGUGAAAGGUGAGCGCUCUGUCGUCAUGAAGUGCAAAGGGGUAAACAAGUCUGCCCUCAGGCGGACGGUGACUUUUGACGACUACAAAAACUGUGUGAUGAAUGGGGCCGCUAAGUAUGUGAAGAGCAGCUCCAUUCUGACCGACCGCAGACAUAACCUCUUUACCGUUGCUCAGACGAAGUCCUGUCUCAGGAACUUUGAUGGGAAAAGGUACAUCCUAGACUGCGGAAUUAAAACGCACUCCUAUGGUUAUGACCCACUCAGAGAGGGAGAGCAGCAGGAGAAGGAGGACGACGACAACAACCAGAUGUUUUGGGAGGACAUGGAUGCCGACGUCGCCGCCCAGGUAGAUCAGGCGGUCGACCGGGCCGAGGCUGACGAGGUCGAGGCUGCCUCGGCCGUUGCCGCAUUCCUUAGGGAUGAUGAUGAUGACUGGGGAGAAGAGGCCCUGGGGCUUGAUCCAGAGAUGAUCGAUGCACUUAAAGUCCUCCUGAACGAACAGUGAGGGUACUUUGUCUGCUGCUGCUGCUGCAGCUGAUGGUGCGUCGCAGCCGAGC